AUGUCUUGGAAGGCACUACUGCAACCCUUGAUCACUGCCUCGACCACGCCGAGUUCCUACCUGUCUGCACCACUAGCGUACUUUGUCUCAUUUCUGAUCUGCUGUAUUAUCUUAUUCCCGUUGGCUCCUCAGUUUUCAGUUUUAGCAUCAAUCAUGGGUUCCUUUAGCGUUUUCUCCCGGAUGGCCAUGGGCCUGAAGAAGAGAUUCUCUUCAGAACCCUCAUCGUCCGCAGCCGCGCCAUCGAAGGAUGUCGUCGCUGCCGUCGAGCCAGCUGCACCAGUUGUAGCUGCUGUAGCUGAGGCCCCAGUGGUCGAAGCACCCAAGGCUGUCGAACAGGUCCCUACCCAGGUGGUCGAACCAGUUGUUGCAGCUCCCGUUGUUGUUGCAGAGCCCCAGGUCGAAGAGGCCGUGGUUGCUGUGGAGACUAUCGUGGCCGCCCCCGUCCCUGAGCUUAUCGUUGCCCCCACAGCAGAGAUUGUUGAGGAGGUUUCAGUCGUUGAGCCCGUGGUCGAGACUGUCGUCGUGCCCGAAGUUGUUGAGGAGGCCAUUGCCGCCCCCGUCCUUGUUUCAGUUCCCGUCGUCGAGGCUGCCGUUCCUGAGGAAGUCGUUGCUGCCAUCGUUGCCCCUGUAGUCGAAGAAGAGGUCUCAAUCCCAGAGAAGGAAGUCCUCGAAGUCGUCUCAGUUCCUGAAAUCAAGUCCACCGAAGAAGAGGUUGUCGAACAGGUCUCAAUCCCAGAGAAGGAAGUCCUCGCCGUCACCGAACAAGAAUGUAUCUCAAUGUCCACCCAGCUUGCUAUGAUCCCCACCUUCGCCAUGUUUGCCAUGCCAGAGCCAGAGGUUUUCGAGGCUGCCCCCGUUGUCGAAUCGUCCAAGGUCAUUGAGGAAGUUGCUGCCCCCGUCACCGAAACCGUCACUGUCACCGAACCCGAGGUUGUUGUCGCUGCUCCCGUCAUCGAGAAAGAGAUUAUCGAAGAGGUUGCCGUUGCCGCCGAGCCUGUUGUCGAGACCGUCACUGUUGCCGAGCCCGAGAUCGUCGAAGAGGUCGCCGCCGAGGUUGAGGAAAUCGCUGUCCCCGUUGAAGUUGCCGCCCCAGUCGAGGAGGUCAUUGAAGUCGCUGCUCCCGUCGAGGAAAUCAUCGAAGUCGCUGCUCCCAUCGAAGAGGUUGUCGAAGUCGCCGCCCCAGUCGAGGAAGUCAUUGAAGUCGCCGCCCCCGUCGAAGAGGUUAUCGAAGUCGCUGCCCCAGUCGAGGAAGUCAUUGAAGUCGCCGCCCCCGUCGAAGAGGUUAUCGAAGUCGCUGCCCCAGUCGAGGAAGUCAUUGAAGUCGCCGCCCCCGUCGAAGAGGUUAUCGAAGUCGCUGCCCCAGUUGAGGAAAUUGUUGCCCCCAUCGAGGAGGUUGUCGAGGCCGUCUCUGUUCCCGAACCCAUUGUUGCUGCCGUUGCCGAGAUCGCUGUUUCCGAGCCAGAGGAAGUCGUAGAGGCCUCCAUCCCUGAGCCUGCUGAGAUCGAAAUGGUUGUCGAAGAGGUCGCUGUCGCCGAACCCGAGGUUGUCGAGAUCGAGCUCCCAGUUGAGGAAGAGAUCAUUGUCGCCGCCGCCCCCGUCGAGGAGGAGAUCGUUGCCGCUGUCGAGGAGGUUGCUGAAGUCGAAUCCGUUGCCGUUGUCGAGAAGAUCGAAAUUGUCCACACCCCAUUCAAUGCCGCCAUGCUCCCCCGCUUCAUGACCCAGACAUACCCCGUCGAGGAAGUUGCCGCCGUCGCCGAGCCAAUUGCUAUCAAGUCCUGCACUGCCCCCGCCGAGUUCGCCGAGCCAAUGCCCAUCAAGCAGCUCUGCUCUUGCCCCUCUGUCGAAUCUUUGAACUCAUCGUACUGUGACUCCAACGCCGCCUCCAACUCUGUAGAUGAUGCCUCCGACAACGAGUCAAACACUGAGGAGAUCACUGAGGAGAUCAUGUCGCCUACCACCGAAUCCGAGACCGAGACCAUCACCUUCGAGGCCCCCGAGAGACCCGUUUCCUGCCCACCCAUGGGAAUCAGCCAGAAGUACAGCCUCCGCGAGAUCCGUGACCCCCGCCUCCAGAAGAACAUCCGCGCCUGGGCCCAGCAGUCCGAGGCUAUGGGAAUGACCGAGGAGACCUCCGCCAGUAACAGCUCCGAUUCUGAGAGCCACUCUGAGGAGGGCGACUACGACUACGAGCGCAGCCCACCUCUCAGCCCAAUCAGCAGUGCCGGCGGUAACGACGGCGAGUGGGGCGGUGAGCUCAAGGUCGAGAGCUUGGACAAGAUGGAGACCGUUGUCGAGGUUGAGACCGUCGAGGAGAUUGAGGCCGCCGUUGAGGAGGUUGAGGCUGUCGAGGAGAUUGAGGCCGUUGAGGAGAAGGCCACCAUCGAGCUUGUUAUCCCAGAGGUCGUCAAGACUGAGGUUCCCGAGCUUGUCAUGGAGGUUGCCGAGAAGACCGAGCUGUUUGUUCCCGCCGCACCCGUCGAGAUCGAAGUCCGAGAGGUCGAGAUCGCCGUUCCCGAGCUCCCAGCUGUCAUCGUCGCCGAGAAGGCUGAGGAAAUCGUCGCCAUUGAGGAGAUCGUCGCCGCCCCGGUUGUCCAGAAGGUCGAGGAGGUCGUCGCAAUCCAGGAGAUCGUUGAGCCUACACCUGUCGAGAAGUCAAUUGUUGUCGUCGAGGAGGUCCCAGUACCUGCCGAGGAGGCACCAGUAGAAGUCCAGGAGGCCGAGCCCACACUGGAGGUUGUUGAGGCCGUCAAGCCAAAGAACACCCAGGUACAGAAGAAGAAGAAGAAGCUCUCCAAGAAGGAGCGUCUGAGCAAGGGCGGAAAGAAGAAGGGCGGAAAGAAAUAG